AUGGGUCUGCGGCACGAGCUGGCACAUGCGCGCGAGCUGCUGGCGCUGAGGUCGACGGCGCUGGCCGAGGCGGACGCCAUUGCGGCGGCGGCGUCGGAGCGGGUCAAGGUCCUCUCGGCCGACGUGCUCGCGCUGCGGCAGGCGGCCGAGGCAGCCGAGGAUGCGGCGGUGAAGGCGCAGGUGGAGGCGUCGCGAGCGCGCGAAGAGGCUGCGGCGGCACGGCGCGAGGCAGCCGCUGCGCGCGAGGAGGCCGCAGUGGCGCGCGACGGCGAGGCCUCCGCGCAGGCGCGGGCCACAACCGCAGAGGCCGCGGCGGAGGAGGCUGCGGACAAAGUGGCUACCGUUGUAGCUGACGCGGAGAAUGUCAAGGACGUGGCCCAGGCACGGGUGGCCGAGACCGAGGCCGCCAUGGUGCGGGCGCAGGCCGAAGUGCAGCGGUGCCAGGCCGGGAUCGACGCCGCCAACGAUGAGGUCAAGGCAGCGCGGGCCGAGCGCGAGGCAGCGCAAGCAAAUGCGGCGUCUGUGAUGCAGGCUCGCGAUGAGCUCGCAGCCGAGCUGCGCGCACUCGAGGCACGGCAGCGGGUGGUGAGCGAGGAGCGCGACGAGCUGCGGCAGCUGCUCAAGUCGGCGCAGGACGAGAUCGUGUCGCUGCGCGAGGAGCUCGCGGCGUCGCGGGCGCGCGAGCCGCGCUCAACGACCUUGCGCACCUCAAGCAGCGAAUCCACACCAUGA